GGCAUAUCAAUUAGGUUAAUUGAUUAACAACAAUGGAUCCUUCAGUGGAAACUCUUCUUACAGUCCUUGUAAUUUUUUGCUCCUUUUACAUUCUAUUUUACAUCUCGAAACAAGGCAAAGGAAAAGGGAAAGCCCUUCCUGGUCCUCGACCCUUGCCAAUCAUUGGGAACCUCCACAUGUUAGGCAGGCUUCCACACCGAUCCCUUUACCACUUGGCCAAAAAACAUGGUCCUAUAAUGUCCAUAAGGCUAGGCUCUGUGCCAACUGUUGUCGUUUCAAGCCCUCCAGUUGCCGAGAUGUUUCUUAAGACACAUGAUGUUGUUUUUGCAAGUAGACCAAAAGUUCAAGUGCUACAAUCAAUUUACAAUGGCAAAAAGGGAAUAGCAUUCACAGAACUUGGACCAUAUUGGCGCAGUGUGAGGAAGUUUUGUAAUCAGCAACUUUUUAAUGCAUCGAAAAUUGAAUCAUUUGCGCCAUCGAGGAAGGAGGUGCUAGCGCAUUUCAUUGAAUCUUUGAAAGAAGCUGCAGUAGCAAAAGAAGUGGUUAACAUUAGUAAGAAGGUGGGGGAUCUUAAUGAAAAGAUGACUCUGAAGAUGAUUUUGGGGCCUGUGAAGAAGUAUGAGGAAUUUAACCUCAAGGACCUUAUUGGUGAGCUCACUUACUUGGCAGGAGCUUUCAAUCUUGCAGAUUUUGUGCCUUUUUUGGGUGCUUUUGACCUACAGGGACUCAAAGCCCGUACAAGGACACUUGGUGAAAAACUUGACAAAGCCCUUGAGAUGAUUAUUAACGACCAUCAGCAACAAAAGCAAGAUGAUUUUGUUGGUAUGAUGCUUACAGAAUUAAAUAAGCAAAUGAAUCCCGAUGGUGAUAUAAUGGAUCGGAAUAGCAUCAAAGCCAUAACAAUAGAUAUGAUUGUGGCUUCCUUGGACACCUCAGCUGCAACAUUGGAGUGGGCAUUAUCAGAGCUCAUAAGGCAUCCGAGUGUAAUGCGAAAAUUCCAGCAAGAGUUAGAAAGUGUUAUCGGGAAAAGAAUGGUGGAGGAAUCUGAUUUACCAAAAUUGGAGUACCUAGAUAUGGUUGUGAGAGAAACUUUAAGGCUUCAUCCUAUUGCACCUUUACUAGUUCCUCGUGAGUCAAUGGAGGACAUAGUUAUUGAUGGUUGUUACAUACCAAAAAAGUCAAGGGUCUUAGUGAACGUUUGGACAAUUGGGAGAGAUCCUAAUGUGUGGUCCAGUAAUGUUGAAGAGUUUUUUCCUGAAAGGUUCAUUAAUAGCAAUAUAGAACUUCAUGGACAUGAUUUUGAACUCAUCCCAUUUGGUUCAGGCCGUAGAGUAUGCCCAGGGAAGAAACUAGGGUUAAUCACAGUUAAACUUAUUCUAGCUCAAUUGGUGCAUUGUUUUGAUUGGGAGCUGCCUAGUGGAAUGUCGCCAAAUGAAUUGGACAUGACCGAGAACUUUGGUACUUCGGUGCCAAGGAAGACUAAUCUUUGUGCCAAGCCUAUUUAUCGUAUGUAGAAAUGCAAGUUUCAAGAUAAUAUUUCUAUUGUAAUAUAACAGGAUGUAUCCAUAUAAUAAAAUUGGGGCCUUUUGAAAA